UGAUAUCGUAGAGCGCUUGCUGUAAACUAUGACCUUGAGAGGACGCGUACGUCAAGUUUGUUCCAAACGUCAGAAGUUUCAUAGCUGUGCUCUCAGAGCAAGAUUCUGAAGAAGAAAAAAAAAAGAGAAACAGAAGAGCAGCAAGGCACUUGGAUAUGAACGCCAAACGUUGCUUAACAUUGUGUAGUAGAACGGACAGAGCAUUUCAUGCAUAUCAUCCAACACCAACAACAGAAGAAUUGUGUACAUCAAAUGUUAAACUAGCCUUUGAACUUAUUCAAGCAGCUGGUAUGGUUGAACCUCCAGCAAAACUUGAAGAAAUUGUUGCAGGCGAUAGCAGUGCUGUAUUACGCGUGUUGUAUGGCAUCUACUCAUAUUGUGCACAUAUGGAGGAUGAACAACGUCGGUAUGAAAUAGAUAAUAUUCGAGAACAAGGUGAGAUGGAUGAAUAUUACGGUAAUAACCAGAAACCUUCUGUACAACAUGGUCUAAUUAAUUUAUCGUGAAGUAUAUGUAACUGUGAUAAUAUGUCUCUGAUGUUUUCUGUGAUGUUAACAUUUUAAAAAUGACCGUGGAAUAAAAUGCGUUACCACUGGAGUGAUUUACUUUUAAUAAAUAACAGAUUAUCGUUUGAUGUUCUUUAGUU